UGGAGAUGAAGAGCAGAAUGAGGAGAGAAGUGGAGAGAAGAGGAGCAGAGAUCGCUCUAGCGGUAAUCUGGCUGGACAUAAAGGACUUUAAAACAGAACGACCAGAGGUGGACAGUGUGCGAGAUCCUGCUCAUGGAUGAAGAUGAAGAUGAUGUGUUUGUAAUGGAUACACAACAUUGGCGUUCCUCAAUCAGGGAGAUAAAGCAGGAGGAGCGGGGCACUCAGACUCCGGGGCGGCCGUCAGCUCGGCCCAACGGCAUGCUGCCCUGCGGAGUGUCUGAGGAGCCAAGACGCCUAUUCUAUGGUAGUGCAGGAUUGCUAUUACUGGCACCAUCUGCCCGUCCUGAACACGUUGAGGGUGCCAUGCUUCAGGAGGACCAGCUCGCCAUGGAGCCUCGGAGACGGCCCCCACACAGUGUGGAGGCCCGCAUCGGUCAGAAGCUCCAGAUGAUUGGAGACCAGUUUUAUCAAGAGCACAUGCUGCAACACAGAAACCAAAGGAACCAGCAGCCAUUUUGGUUGCGUUUGGCAUCAGCGUUGUACACGCUUCUGUUUGAGAGGGAGCCAGUGGCUAAUGGGAGGAGAGUGGAGUGGAGGUGAGAUGGCCACCUCGAAAGAACUAACAACUGCCACCUUCAUCCUGGCUUCAUCAUGGAGUAGGGAUGCUUAAAUGGCACUGUCUGAUUUUUAACACGGGUUUUCAGGGAGAGGGGGGAAAAAAAAAGAAAACGAGAUGGAAGACAAACAUCUCCGCGGGACGGAGGCGCUGGCUUUUACA